AAUUGGUCCCCAGGAUCAUCUCCCGCACAUGUGCUGAUGGAGCCGACCGCUGACUGGCCCCGCGCCAAGUACCUGCCGCAGUGAUCAUCAAGAAAGACAAGACUAAGGAGCGUACUGUCUGUGUUCCUAGCGGACGGAGGCGGAGGACACCUGAAGACGUCACCAACAUCCAAUGCAAGAAAGAGAACACCAUCCUGACGAAGACCUCGGUGUACUGACGGGUGUUAAGACGUCAGAGGAGCGUACUGAGAAGUGGAGGCACAAGACUAAGUCGUGAAAGGACCCGAGGUGGGACGUGUGAAGGAGGGACGCGCAGGACACAAGAAGCGGGACACACUGGUCUUAGAUGACUGGUGGACACUCUAGACACCGCUGCUCCUGCCUCUAAUUGAGAACCUCCACUACUGACGAUGGCGUCGCAAACACAAGUGAUCGGAAGGGCGUGGCUCUUCACCCUCCUCUGUCUGUCCACGACGCUGGUGACAGUCAUACACGCCCAACAGAAAAUAAACAUAUUUAUGACGUAUGACGAGGACAACAUGCUGGUAAAACAGAGCCUCGACGCGGCCAUCUCUUACUUGGAGAAAAAUACAGGAGAAGGCGCUAUGGUGGACGGCAAGCACAUCUACGCCAUCCCGAAAGGAAACGAUGUCGAGGUGACGGUCAACAAAUCGUGUGAUCUAAUGGACGAAGCUAUCGACGCCGGCAAGCCACCUCACAUAGUACUCGAUGCCACCACUACGGGCAUGAUCUCUGAGACCAUCAAGAGUUUCACCAGAGCCCUUACCCUCCCCACCUUCUCCGCCUCAUACGGCCAGGAAGGAGAUAUAAGGGAGUGGCGGAAACUAACACCUAGUGAAGAGGAGUACCUGGUGCAGUUGAUGCCUCCAGGUGACAUCAUCGUCCAAUCAAUCAGGGACAUCGUUCGUACUCAAAACAUCACUAACGCGGGGAUAAUCUAUGACGAUACUUUCGUGAUGGAACACAAGUACAAGUCACUGCUACAGAACCUCCCUUGUCGCCACAUUAUGACGAGGGUGGAGGACGAGAAGGAAGUGAGGAGACAGACCAAGAGACUCAAGGACGCAGACAUCGUUAACUACUUCGCCGUCGGCAGCGGGGACACCAUCAGCCGGAUCCUGGAUGCCGCCACAGCCAACGACAUGUUCGGCCGGAAGUACGCCUGGUAUGCCCUCUCUAAGGAUAACCAGGAUAUCCAAUGUGGUUGUGAGAAUGCCUCUAUAGUCUACCUGCGGCCUCACACUAGUGCAGACAGUCGCGGAAGAAUCGCCAUGCUCCAGCGAGACUACGGGCUUACCAGCACCCCUGAGAUCGACGCUGUGGCUUACUUCGAGUACUUCAUGCGAGGCAUCUUAGGCGCGGCGAAGAUGGCGGCUGCUGGCAAGUACACAGACUUCGAGUACCUGAGGUGUGAGGAAUUCAGCGAGGACAAUCCCCCCGUCAGGAACGACUUUGACCUACGCUCUGCCCUCCAGUCGGUGUCAAUGACCAACACCUGGGCGAGUAUUAGCUGGGGAAGUAAUGGCAUGUCGUACCCAGAUGUCCCUCUUACUAUGGACAAGUUCAAGAUUCUCGCAGGACGAACAGCGGAGCGCAAGACCUUGGGGGAAUGGUCGGCUGGGAUGCCCGGUACACUUAUGUUCAAGAGUGGCCAGACCCUUAGUGAUUUCCAGGCGGUGACUGUGUACAGGGUGACCACAGUACAGCAACCUCCCUUUAUCAUGAAACGCACCAACGAAGACGGUGAAGACGAAUACUACGGCUACUGUAUCGACCUCAUCAACGAAAUCAAAGAAAUCAUCAACUUCGAAUACGAGAUUGCAGAAGCUCCUGAUGGCAAGUUUGGCACGAUGGACGACAACCAUGAGUGGAACGGCAUGAUCAAGCAACUCAUCGAGAAGCGUGCAGACAUCGCCUUGGCACCAUUAUCUGUCAUGGCUGAACGGGAGAACGUGGUAGACUUCACCGUGCCUUACUAUGAUCUGGUAGGCAUCACUAUCCUCAUGAAGAAGCCCAAAGUGCCCACCUCACUCUUCAAGUUCCUAACUGUGCUGGAGCCUGAGGUGUGGUUGUGUAUCCUCUUCGCUUAUGGCUUCACCAGCGUCCUCCUGUAUAUCUUCGACCGGUUCAGCCCCUACAGCUACCAGAACAACAAGGAACGCUACAAGGAUGACGACGAGAAGAGAGAGUUCAACCUGAAGGAGUGUCUAUGGUUCUGUAUGACUUCCCUUACGCCCCAGGGUGGUGGAGAGGCGCCUAAGAACUUGUCCGGAAGGCUAGUAGCGGCGACCUGGUGGCUCUUUGGGUUCAUCAUCAUCGCCUCCUACACGGCUAACUUGGCUGCCUUCUUGACAGUGUCGCGUUUGGAUACUCCCAUUGAGUCCCUGGACGACCUCAGUAACCAGUACAAGGUCCAGUACGCCCCCAUGAACGGCACCUCCACCAUGACCUACUUCGAGAGGAUGGCUUACAUAGAGAAGAAGUUUUACGAGAUCUGGAAGGACAUGUCACUAAACGAUUCGAUGUGACAUUUAGAGAGACCAAGUUAGCUGGACUACCCCGGUGACAAAUACACCAAGAUGUGGCAGUCGAUGCAGGGAGGCUGGACUACCCAUCACCUUCAAGCCGUGCUGGAGAGUGAGAAGUCUACCUCCUCCAGUGAAGGAUUUGCCUACCUAGGUGACGCUACAGAUAUCCGCUACCAGGUGCUGACCAACUGUGACCUGCAAAUAGUCGGGGAGGAGUUCUCUCGGAAGCCUUACGCCAUCGCCGUUCAGCAAGGUUCUCCUCUCAAGGACCAGUUCAAUGAUGCGAUCCUGAAGCUGUUGAACCAGAGGAAGUUGGAGACGCUGAAGGAGAGAUGGUGGAAUCAAAACCCUGAGAAGAAGGUCUGUGAGAAAGACGACGACCAGAGUGACGGUAUUAGCAUCGAGAACAUCGGUGGUGUGUUCAUCGUGAUCUUCGUGGGCAUCGGGCUGGCGUGCGUGACUCUGGCCUUCGAGUAUUGGUGGUAUAAACAUCGUAAAGGCCCCCGCGUCACUGACUCCGCCAAGGUGCUGGCCGUCAGGGAAUACCCCACCAACGACGUCGACAAGACCAACUUCAACCCUGAAAAGUCCGAUUUCAACACGCAAUACAACACCGGAGAAGGCUUCGACAUCGCGCCCGUGGCCAACCCUUGGUAGACUGGCGGCAAUGUUAAUAAAGUAUGCUUGCUGGAGCCCCGUGUUGUAAACCUCUCCGUGCGGGCCACACGACACUGUUGGCUGUGUCUACAUCGUAACGUUGUGAAUAACUACGCUGAAGGUGUCUCAACAAUCACCAAAUUAGCUACUGUUAAAUUGAAAGCUAAAAUUAGUGACAGUUUUUAAGUUGCAAGUACUACGGAUUGCCACGCAGAGAAAGAGGGUUGUCUUGAAUGCCAAGGUUUUUAGUACUUGUAACCGCCACUCGUACGUCUCAACUGACCUUCAAUAAUUUAUUUCUCUUAGAAGCACAGUCAACCAGUUUUACUUAGCUUGUUAUCAAGGGUUACUGCGUAUUGUUAGGCUAUUCAUACUCAAUUGUUUUUUUUAUUAUAUAUGCAUCGUUGUUUUCGAUGUGGUCGAUGAUUUUUUUGAAUCCGCCUCAAUAAAUGAUCUGUUUAUUCAAAUACCUUUAUGCAAAAUAUACACAUACAUGCACAGUGUAUCCCUACAGUUAUAAUAUAUGUACACAGAGUGAUAAUUCUUGUGCAGUAUACAUAAACGCACAAUGUAUACAUACAAUAUGUAAGAAACAACAGCUUUAUACAUACAGCAUCCUGAGCCGCCCAACGUAUGUACUGUAUGUCUCAGGGUUACCCAAAUCACAUAAGUUCUUAGUCCGAAUAAAGUGAAAUGUAAAGCAGAAUAACCUUAACGCCUUACUGACAAUGUAAAAUAAAUAGCCUUUGUCCCUCAAGUAUGUGUUAUUAAUGUGUAAAUGACGGCCAAGAGCACCCCGCUACCAUGUAUAGAUUCUCAUAUAGCCUCGUGUACUGAUCGCCAUAUAGCCUCAUGUUCUGAUCACCCAUAUACCCUGAUAUAUUGAACCCUUGUUAUAUAGCGUGUAGUAAUAAGCACUUGAGGGUGUCUGCAGAUAUGUGUACGAUACUGCACAUUAAAAUAAAGUCAAACAAAAAUUACUUUAUAUAUUUACGUGUAUAGAGAGUUCACGGUGAUAUGAGGGGAGUAGGUCAAGUUUGUUUUGGAAUUCUUCUAGUUUGACGAAUGUAAUCACAGCUGAAGGAAGUGUGUAAGUUAUCUGCAGAAGUUAUAUGUUCCAGAGGACAUUGUUACGCCAAGUUGGGUGUCCCAGAGCUGCUAUGUCUCGAUUUACGGUUAAAAUUCAUUGUCCAGUAUGGUGUUUACAGUGUGGUGUUCCAUUGGCAAUCUUACGUCUGAUGAAUAAUGAUUGGCUGGUUACAAUGGCUGGGGUGUAAUGAUUGGCUAAAACCUACCUGGAUUGAUUAUGGUGCAUUGUGAUUGACUGCUGCAGACUCCCCUGAUCACCAGCGUCAGGUAAUUAAGCUUUGGCAGAGCACAUACCCUCCCUCUCCUUCCUCUACUGAAACAAUCUCAUCCACACCCUCCUCCGUUGUGCUGUUUGACCCCCCUCCUCCCAGUGCUAUGAAUUGACACCACAUCACACUGUCUCCUGCAGCAUUGAGAACAUGUACCACCUUUUGUCGUCUUCUUCGACUACCACUUAAAAGUUUUCGUAGAUUGCGCGAGUAAACAGAGCACAUCGAACGCUGGGAAACAGUGAGCUUGUUGUAUUGUGACAUUUUUUUUCUUAUUAUUAUCUAUUUUUUUACUUUGUGGUGUACCAGGAGAUACAUAUGAGUGUGCCCUGAUUAUGUGACGUAUACAGAAGAUAGGCUUGCCCAGUAAACCGUGGGAUUUAUGAGUCACUUGGACUUUGGAUUCAUGUUACCCAAAAUUGCCAGGUUGAGAUAGGAAAGGUAGGCUAUAUCCCCUCCUGUGGUCUGGGUAUCUGUGAGCCUGGUGGUGUUGGUGAACUGGUUAUACUUACUGGUACUAAAUCACACCGGAUAUCAAUCACACUUACCUCCACAAUAAGGAUGUUUUUUACCGAAACCAAUGGACCGCCAACUCAGUACAACAAUCCUCUCCCGCCACUGGGAGUGUGAAGACUGCGGGAAGAAUAGCCGCAAGGGGGCACCACUGACAAUUCUAGCGUGCGUCCUCUGUCGGAAAACCAGACUACACAAAGCCGUUACUAUCUCGCCCAACAUGAUUUCAAGGCGGGGCAGUAACUGUGCAGGAUUUGAACAGUAUCAGCAGCGCCCUCACACAGGCCUCCUCCCGGCGUCGUCAUCCCAGUCCUGUACUAAAUUACUAACGAGUGUAAGGUCUUGUAUAACGACCCUAUCUAUACCUUGAUGUUUAUUUUACGUUUUAUCUUUAUGUGUCACUUAGGAUAAUUACAUACGAUAGAAGUUAAUUAUACAUAUAAUAGAAAAGAGUUAUGUAGAUAAAUAUUUUACGGUGAAUGUUGAUUAUUAUAUGUCGGAUAAUAUAACACAGAUUUAUAUGGGUUAUAUAAUAAAAAAUAUAUCGUAAAGUUUCAAAUAUAUUAUACCCAGAUAA